AUGUCUUCUUCCCCGAGCCCUGGAAAGAGACCUAGUAGCUUCACAUCUUGCUCAGCUUUCCUCCCAUCAAUUGGGAGCAGAAACCACCUUGGUUUUCCUUCUACUUCCAAGGGAUAUCACUCUGGUUUAAAGGGAGCUGGUUACUUUAGCAGCCAAAGUCUGAGUGGAUCCAGCUCUCAUGGACCUAGGAUCGCAGGGGGUAGCUACCAUUCUGCAAGAUAUGGAUAUGGCCAACGGGGAAUUGGCCCAGGAUAUGGCAACUCUGGUGCUGGAUAUGGUUACAGUUUGUUUAGCUCUUAUGGACUCAAUCAAGCUGGGCAUGGUACAACUGGUAAUCCCUCCAUCACACCAGUAACUUGUAAUAAGGCUUUGCUGCAACCUCUCAAUCUAGAGAUCAACUCAUCAGCUCAAGCAGUGAAAUGCCAAGAGAAGAACCAACUCCAGUGCCUGAACAGCAAGUUUGCCUGUUUCAUUGACAAGGUUCGAUUCCUGGAGCAGCACAACAUGAUGCUGAAGACCAAAUGGGAUUUCUUGAAAGAAAAGAAGCGCCAGAAAAGCAACAUGGAGCCCCUAUUUCACGAAUACAUCAGUAUACUAAAGAAGGAACUGGAGUGUCUUCAGUGGGAGAGGAAUCAGCUGCAGGUGGAAAUGAACAAUUGGAGAGAUACAAUGGAAGGGAACAAGAAGAAAUAUGAAGAAGAAUACAAUAGGAGAGCCAGUGCUGAAAAUGAAUAUGUGAUACUUAAAAAGGAAGUGGAUUGUGUUUUUAUGGACAAGUCAGAGAAAGAAGCCAAAGUGGAGACCCUGAUGCAAGACAUUUGCUUUUUCAAAACUAGCUUUGAGGAGGAAAUCUGUGAGCUACAGUCAUCUAUUUCAGACACCUCUGUCACAGUGAAAAUGGACAACAGCCGAGACCUGGAUGUGGCUUGCAUCAUUGAAGAGUUCCGCUGUCGGUAUGAAGACAUUUCAUCCCGGAGUCGAGCAGAGGCCGAGGCUUGGUGUCAAUGCCAGUAUCAGGAACUGAAGACCACAGCUGCCAAACACUGUGACAACCUCCGCAAUUUCAAAGAUGAACUUGACGAACUGACCCGGACAGUUCAGAGAUUGCAAGCUGAAAUCUGCAAUGUUAAAGCCCAGCGCUGCAAACUGGAAGAGGGGGUGGCUGGAGCAGAGGAGCGUGGGGAGAUGGCCGUGAAAGAUGCCAAAUGCAAGCUGUUGAAUCUGGAGGAUGCUCUGCACAAGGCCAAGCAAGACAUGGCUUGCCAGCUACGGGAGUAUCAGGAAUUAAUGAAUCUCAAGCUGGCCCUAGAUAUUGAGAUUGCCACCUACAGAAAACUUUUGGAAGGUGAAGAAUACAGAAUUGGUGAUGGAGAAUGUGCUGUGAACAUCUCCGUGCAAAAGAGUCAGGGGGCUGUCGUGUGCAACAGUGAUCUCACCAGUGAGCCAGGGAGAGGGGGAAGUAUUCGGAUGAAUGGAAGAGACUCUUGCAGCCCUGGAGGCUUCAAACGAGGCUUGUCGCCGGGUGGUGCCCCCUGUGCAGAUCCAGAUCCACCAGAUGGAGACAUGUGUAGCCCUCCUCCACCACCACAACCGCAUGAAAUUGUCAUCCCAAUUGGGAAGGGCCCUAGUGGGAUUUCUGGAACUGCACCAGUUCCUUGUGCCUCAAGAGGGUAA